AUGGGUCUUGGCAAAACGGUCAUGUUGAUUGCACUGCUGUUGCUUCACCGGUACGAAAAACCGGGCACGGCACCGCAAAGCAAUAAGGAAAUCAUACCGAGUGCAAGCACGCUGGUCAUCACCCCAAGUGCGAUUCUCGAGCAAUGGGUUUCCGAGUUGGGGCGCCAUGCGCCGUCUCUUGGGGUUACUGUGUACGACGGGAAUGAGUCCGUGUCACCGACGGAUCUUUCCUCGUACGAUAUCGUCUUGACUACGUAUGAUACCCUUCGGAAAGACCUGAACGCCGCAAUGCCGGAUAAUGAAAGACCACGGCGUCACGCACGGGCACAUCCGCGGCGAAAAUCGCCCUUGAUGGGAUUGCACUGGUUCAGGGUGGUACUCGACGAAGCCCAGAUGGUCGAAUCAUCCGUGAACAAGGCGGCGAAGAUGGCUCGCAUGCUGCCGAGAGUGCAUCCGUGGGCUGUGACGGGAACACCUAUCGGAAAGAAUGGAUGGAACGAUCUCCGAGGGUUGAUCUCCUUUCUCGGGAUCGAACCUUUUACAAGCUAUAAGCACAUUUGGAAUCGUCUGACGAACCCGGUGCAUCGUCUUCGACUCAUUGACGUCCUCAGACGGUUCAUGCAUCGCAAUCUGAAGCGAGAUCUCAGGUCCGAAUUGACUCUCCCACCACAACACGAGAACACGCUCCACCUUGAUUUCAGCAGAGUCGAGCGGACAUGGUACAACCAGCAAUUCGAUGAGAUGAUGGACGCUGUCCAAGAAGCGAGGACGAGUCAAGAGAAGGAGGAGCUUGCGGGCAAGCUUCGAGGCUGGCUUCUACAGUUGCGUCAGACGUGCUGCCAUCCGCAGGUCGGGACACGGAACCGCAGCGUACUGGGUGGCACAUUGCGCUCCAUCGAUGAGGUGCUGGAUGUUAUGCACAAGCAGACAAAUAAUCAAAUACUAUUGUACGAGCGUCAGAUUGUGCAGGCGCGCAUCAACAAAGCUCAGCUACUGGAGUUUAAAAGCAAGGCAGAUGAAUGGGCCAAUGCAGCUACAGUGGUCGGAAUUUAUGAAACGACUCUGCAGCAAGUACGGAGGGUCAUCAAAGAUCUAGAGGAGCACAUAGCUGAGACCGAAAAGAAGCAAUCGCAGCUUUCAAGUGCGUCAGACAACCAAGAUGACGCCUUCGAGAUCGAUGAGAAUGAUGAGAUGUCCCGCAAAGGCGACAUGGACACGCAAAGCGACUUACGCGAAGACCUCCAGUCAGCAACAGGUCACCUCCGUACAUGGCAGGAGCUCGAACACCGCGUCACCUACUUCCUUGCUUGUCUCUUCCACUCUAUCGGCGACGAAGCAUCCGAGAACAAGGGUUACAUCGAGGCGGAGGAAGUACGGCUCCGCAUCCUGCGGCCUGUUAUUGAAGAUGUUACCAAGAUGAUCGAGCGGUUUAGGGCGUAUACUCGUGGCCUUGAUGAGAAAAUGGCUGCUUCACGUCGAACCCGGCUGGCGGACACCAACCUACCGCACGCGGGAUUCGUUAUUGGAAACGCGCUUUCCGGGCUGGACGACCUCUCGGGCAAGCUGGAGGGUCAGUGGGAUGAGAUUAUGAGUUGGAGGAAAGUGAUCGUAGAUGCUCUGCUUGCGCCAUUGAACGAGACCAGCGUUGAAUCGUUGAUCGCUUCGGGGAAUAAGGAGCCGCCGAGUGUGGAGGAGUACCAAAAAGGAGUAGACACGCAGUCUCGGGCAGACGUGUAUCAGGCGGCGUAUCAAUUGGCCCUAGCAGACCGGCGUCAGCUUCUCACGGGGUUUAGAGUCUCUGAAGAGCGCAGUACAGCGGUCACGGAGAACGAGAAAGACAAGGAGUUGCGUUUGCAGCUGGAGCAGACGAAGAAGCAGUUUGUUCUGCCGUUUGGCGCACUGCCUGCGAAAGACUUGGUUGCGGAGCUCAAGAAGCUGGAGCAGAGGGACUUGCCGGCCAUUGAGAAGCGGAUGCUUAGCAACGCUUUGCAAGGGUUACCGAAAGCUGUGGAGAAGGAGAUCGCGAACCUGACGUUGUUGGAAAGAGAAGUGCAUGCUUUUUCAAAACUUUUCAACCUGCGCGUAGGAUAUUUUCGCCACCUGCAGAGAAUCUCCGACGGCGUUGUCCCGCUUGAGGAGCCGCCUAUGAAGGAAAUCGAUGAAGAUUUGAAGAAACUGGACCCGCAUGAGGCAGAGGUGCAGCAACUCCUCGUCAACCAGCUUUCUCGAAAACGCUACUUGCAGAACCUGAUGAAGGAGGAGCGGGAACGUGCGAAUGCGGUAGAAAAAACAUGGGAGUGUUUGGUGUGCAAGACGGCGUUCACGGAAGGUGUCGUGACGCCUUGUGGGCAUAUAUAUUGUGCAGAAUGCUCAGCGGCGUGGAUCAAGAGAUACAGAAAAUGCCCACUAUGUAAUCAGCCGGUGCAGGUCACCCAGUGCACCCCAGUGUCACUACGUGGCACACUGAGCAAUCCCGCAUCGCAAAGCGCCAGCUCCAGUAGCACCGGAUCGAACAGCGGCACCACCAAUGGCGAUGUCGGAGGGUCUAGCGCAACCGAGCAAUCUUCCGCUAACUACAUCCUCCUCGGCCACCUGGCAAACAUCCCGCUCAAAGGCUCCUACGGCACCAAGCUCGACACGCUGAUCCGGCACCUUAGAUACCUCCGCCUGAUCGACCCGACCGCCAAGUCACUCGUCUUCUCCCAAUGGGAGCAUGUCCUUGAUAUUCUCAGCGAAGGACUGACCCGGAACGGCAUCGAAUUUGUCAAACUGGAAAAGUCCCGUUCGAAAAACAAACGCGACGCGCUGAAGCGGUUCAGGGACGAUAACGACGUGGAGGUGUUCAUGCUCAAUGCGCGGAGCCAGAGCAGCGGGUUGACCCUCGUUAGCGCAAACCACGUGUUCCUCGUUGAGCCUGUUGUGAACAUCGGGCUCGAGGAGCAGGCGAUCGGGCGAGUGCAUCGGAUUGGGCAGACCCGGGAAACAACCGUUUGGAGGUACAUUGUGAGAGGCACUGUUGAGGAACGGGUGCAUGCAGUCGGAAGAGCGGCGAGGAGGCGAUUGGUAGCAGAGCAGUUGCAGCGAGACAAUGGAGGUGGAAAGUCGCCGGUGUUUGAGGAGGAAGACGUGGAAGUCAACGUAAGAAUGGUGGGUCUGGAGAACCGGACGGGCGGCGGUGGCGAACAGGUCGGGAUGAGAGACGUGCGGUACUGUCUGUUUGGCGAAGGCAUGAACCUUUCCGAACUUGAAGAAGAAGCAGACGGUACUCCCGACAUCUCCAGUCCUGCAGGUCCGGGGGAGGACAACACGCCGAUGGAGGUGGCACCCACCAGCAUCUUAACCCUACCAGUGGAGUUGGACGACGAAGCAAAGGCGUAUGUUACUUCCUUGCAAAAGAAAACGUGGGGCGACAUACUGGAGGACGACGAUUCGCCGAUCGUGCCAGUAACAAAGGGACGAGGAAGGAUGGGAAGGAAGCGCCACAUAGUUGAUCGUACGGCUUUACUUCGUUGA